AAUCGACCGUUCAAUCAUAUAUAUUCACUGCUAAACAAAGGACGAUAUAUUCAUACAAGUGGGAAUAUCAUAAUAAGGAUACGGAUUGCCUUACCAAUGACCUCGGGAGUGUCCAACUCACAGAAAGUCAACGGUGAUCCACCUCGAACUCUCUCCACAGUAGCUAACUUAAACUUAGCGGGUGAUCCAUAAUCAAGCCUCGGCUUCUUUCCCCGCCAGAGACAACAACUUCUUCGGCAAUAUCUUCUGGGUAUAUAUAUAUCUCGUGAGCUAUUUCUUUGACCGAGUUUCACACCCCUCCUGCCUAUAUACGUGUAGGUACACUCGAGCAAGUGAAGUGAAUCGACGCGAUGCCUUUCAAUACAGCUCUUACCCGGAAACUGGGUAUUGCAGUGCCUGUUGUACAGGGUGGAAUGCAAUGGGUCGGAUAUGCCGAACUCGCAGCUGCGGUCAGUAACGCAGGCGGCUUGGGAAUUUUAACCGCCCUCACUCAACCCACGCCCGAAGAUCUCCGAAAAGAAAUCCGCAAAACCAAAGCCCUAACCAAGAAACCCUUUGGUGUCAACAUAACCCUUCUCCCCGCCCUCGUACCUCCCGACUACGCCGCCUACGCCCGCGUCGUGAUUGAAGAAGGCAUCAAAAUCGUUGAAACAGCCGGCAACAGUCCCGGUCCCGUAAUCGCCCAACUCAAGAAAGCCGGUAUAAUAAUCCUACACAAAUGCACGACUAUCCGUCACGCGAAAGCCGCCGAGAGAAUGGGUGUGGAUUUCCUGUCAAUUGAUGGAUUUGAGUGUGCUGGCCACGUUGGUGAGCACGACAUUACGAAUUUCAUCCUACUGAGUCGCGCACGACAGGAGCUCAAGGUUCCGUUUAUUGCCUCUGGUGGAUUUGCGGAUGGGCAGGGUCUAGCUGCUGCCUUGUCCUUGGGCGCGGAAGGUAUUAAUAUGGGCACGAGGUUUAUGUGUACCGUCGAAGCACCUAUUCACAAUAAUAUCAAGGAAGCUAUCGUCAAGGCUCAGGAAUCUGAUACUGCGCUUGUGCUCCGCCGCUGGAAGAAUACCACGAGACUUUUCAAAAACAAAGUCUCCCUUGAAGCGAUCAAGAUUGAGAAGGAGUCCAAGACCGGAGAGUUUACGGAAGUUGCGCCGUUUGUGAGUGGUCAACGUGGUCGACAGGUUUUUAUUAAUGGUGAUCCGGACUUUGGUGUCUGGACGGCUGGACAAGUCAUUGGUCUUAUUCAUGACAUCCCGACCUGUCAAGUCUUGCUUGCUCGUAUCGAGAAAGAAGCAGUCGAGGCCUUGAACAAGACCCAAUCUUUCUAUACGGGAGAGACUUUGCAGAGCAAACUGUAGAUCAUUGUACUAGAUAAGACUUGCUACGAUUGGGUUUUGUAUUAUGUUGUGCGAGCAUAAAGAUGGAGAUAACCGCAGUCAGACCCUGAUCAAGGCAUCCAAACAAGUUCCAUAUUACCAUCAUCAAGUACAGGAUUUGGAGUUCAGUUCCAUAAAUCGAUUAUAGGUACAGUCAAUAUUAUACUAUGUACUGUAUAUUAUAGAGUUGAGUUGUGAAUCAUCACACAAAAGUAAAGCAUACACAAACAAGUCAAAGAAUGGGAAUCAAUCAUGAUGCUCUCCGUGCUCAUGCCAUGGUAUAUGUAGAAGAAGAAUUUUCGAAAACAACCAAACCGCCACUUCCAGAACCCAUCUAUUUCAUCAAUGUACAAACGCCGAAACUCGAUAUGUUCAAACUUCCUGCUGAAGGAGAGUAGAGUGUAUCCCCAGAUUUGGAGAUGGGAAGAUUAAAAAGGCCGCGCGACACCUCCCUUGCGAUACUCAAAGCCAGGCGUGGAUGUCACAAUUUCUUCACCGUUUCCCAUGGCAGCUCCCAGGAAGCCUGCUCCCCAUAUACCUGCCAACCCCCACAUGCCCAUUCUCCAACCACGAUAUAGACCCUGAAUACCUUGACCGGGUCUCUUCCGUCGUUGACGGCCUUGCGUGCCUACUAUUCUUGAUACGUCCUCGUCUGCAUCUGGUGAUACACCUUCUUCGUAUACGAUGCUCCACAUCGUGCCGAUGAUUCCGCGAUAUGUCUUGGGUACAGGUACGAUUGUCUCAAUCUCGGUGCUCUCAGCGUCGGUUUUAGCCAAGGCUUUUGAAGAUUGUGAGGGUUUGACGGUUGGUUGGACUCGUUGACGCAAAGCCGGUGAUGUGAAGGUAGCAAUUUGAGCUCGGCGCAAGACUGUCUCCAACGGGAACCGCACGGCAAGCUCUAAUCCACUUGAAACAAAACUGAAUAGGCUCCAUGCGGAUGGGUUGAGGACGGGAUCAAUUGAAAAAUAAUUUUUCAAGAAUAACGGCGUGCUCAUAGAGAGUAAA